AUGCCACAUGGGAAUCCGGAGGGACCUCUGGCCAAGCGCCAGAAGGUCUCGGCUGUGGAAUCUCCUGCCAAGGAUGCGGUCAAUUCGUCCCGUAUUUUUGCGCCGUUCCGAACGUACGACCUUCGUCGAGGCUUAAAUCUCGUCUUCGUCACUCGCCCCCAAACCCCCGCCAUUAUCACCGCCAGUUUCGCGUGGAAAGAAAAAGUUUUUGCAGCCUGGGGAAACCGAAAGCAGGGAGAGUCGCAGGGCUUCUGGGUCUUUCAGCGGGGAAAGAAGGUAAACGAGUUGGAGUUGCCCUCUGACCUUGCCGAGCCCAUCCAGCAAAUCCUUGUCUUUGGUACUUGGGUCGUUGCGUGCGCUUCAACGAGAAUUGAAAUCUUCAAGAGCUCGACUCUGGAGCAUUAUACAACCAUUAAUACCAUGACGGCUGACAAGGGAGGAAACGAAAUCACGGGCGGCGUCACUAGCAUGCCUACCUUCUUGAACAAGAUCUUUGUUGGGCGCAAGGACGGAUGGGUAGAGAUAUGGAAUGUUAGCACAGGCAAGCUGAUAUACACCGUUCUACCUCCGCGCCGAGAUUACGGCUCCGUGACUUGCUUGGAACCCAGUCCCGCUCUAUCUCUUCUGGCCAUCGCCUACUCGUCUGGGACAUUGGUCAUCGCCAAUGUUCUGAUGGACAGACCGGUGAUUCAGAUCGAAGCCGGGAGCUCCGAGGCUCUGGUGCACUCAAUAUCCUUCAGAACCGACGGAAUGGGCGCCGGUCAUGAUGGCAGAAAGGAUGGCGUCAUGGCGACUGCCAGCAGAGUCACCGGCGAUGUCACCUUCUGGGACUUGAAUAAGGGUGGGCGAGUGAUGGGUGUGCUCCGAAGUGCCCACAAUCCCCCAUUCCGAGAUGCCAAAAAUGUCAGAGGGGGCAUCAGCAAAGUGGAGUUUUUGGCAGGCCAACCCGUUAUUGUGACAAGUGGUCUCGAUAACUCGCUGAAGACCUGGAUAUUCGACACGUCGCCGUUUUCGCCAGUACCGCGGAUUCUCCACUCUCGGAGCGGCCACGCUGGGCCUGUCAACUGCCUGCACUUUCUACCCACCGACUUCGACGGUGCCGAGUCGGGAAACAAAUGGCUUCUGAGCGGUGGUCGGGAUAGAAGCCUUUGGGGAUGGAGUUUACGGAGGGACGGCCAGAGCGCGGAACUGAGCCAGGGACAUCUGCGUAAGAAGGCAAAGAAGAUUGGUAUUCUAGCUUCCAGCCCACUAGCUCAUGGACCGACGACCUUACUGGAAGACCUGAAAGCGCCUGAGAUUACGAGCAUUGCCAUGUCUCUGAACAGAGAUGGUGGUAUCGGCGCCAUACCGGGCAAACAACCCAUUUGGCGGAAACGUCACAAUGACAGCAAGAAAAAGACCGACGCUGAGAUUAGUGGCAUGAAUGGCUGGGAAAGUGUAGUCACUGCACACAAAGGGGAUUCUCAUGCCAGAACGUGGUUCUGGGGCCGGAGACGAGCAGGACGAUGGGCUUUCCCCACUAGUGACAGUACGAAUGUGUCGACCGUUGCCAUUAGUCCUUGCGGAACGUUUGCCAUCGUCGGGUCCGAAGGCGGCGGCAUCGACAUGUACAACUUGCAGUCGGGUAUGCACCGACAAAGAUUCCCGUCUCGCUUGGCACCUUCGCAAGCUCGUCAAGUCCGGCUUCAGCAGCUCAGGCAGGCAGAUGACGUCGCUCAGCUACAGAUCAGUGGUGGACACAAAUUUCUCCCAGGUACUGGGAAACACACCAAAGCCAUUACGGGGCUCGUGGUUGAUAACAUGAACAAGCGGGUCAUAUCAUGCUCUUCAGAUGGCAGGAUCAAAUUUUGGGACUUCCUCACCGGAACACUACUUGAUCAGCUUGACUGGGCGCCAAUGACUUACCCCGUGGCAUGCAAGUACCACGCCGCCAAUGGCCUGUUGGCAUUUGCAUGCGAUGACAUGGCGAUCCGCAUCGUAGACAUGGAAACGAAGAGGACCAUUCGCGAAUUUUGGAGCCCUGGAGACUGUAUCAAUGAUAUUUGCUUUUCCAACGACGGUCGAUGGGUCAUUGCCGCAUCAGACGACAAGACGAUCCGAGUUUGGGACCUGCCCACUGGACAUCUUAUUGAUGCCAUUCGGCUAAACAAGCCCUGCGCGGCUUUAGAUAUGUCUGCUACCGGCGAAUAUCUCGCCGCCUGUCUAAAAGACGAGCCUGGUGUUGCAAUCUGGACCAAUAAAUCGCUCUUCAAGCACGUCUCCACGAGACAAAUAGCAGAGAAGGAAAUCGGACAGGUCUCUGUCCCGACUGUGUCUGGAGAGGGAAAUCAGGCCUUGUUGGAGGGUGCAUUCGAGGAGCAUGAGGAUGAUGUUGACGAUGCCGUCAUUGCUCCUACUGUUGACCAGCUGAGCUCUGAACUGACCACGUUGAGUUUGGUUCCAAAAAGUCGUUGGCAAACGCUGCUACAUCUCGACCUGAUCAAGGAGCGAAACAAGCCGAUUGAAGCACCAAAGGCUCCUGAACAGGCGCCAUUCUUCUUAGCCUCGACAAGCAACUCCAAGGCGCCAGGACAAGAGGUCACGGCAGAAGCCGCAAAGGAUGGGACAACGUCCCGCAUCACAAAACUGGACCAGGCUCGCUUCGAGGAGCUCUUCACAACGAGGCUACGGCAAGGAGCACAAACUGGCGACUACGGCGCAUUUGUUGAUCAUCUCAAAUCCUUGUCCCCAUCGAGCGCUGAUCUUGAGCUUCGAUCGCUGUCAGUUGGCAAUUUCGAUGACGAAUCGAACGAGCUUCUCCAUUUCAUCCGAGCACUUACUUCCCUUCUUGAGGCUCGACGGGACUACGAACUCACGCAGGCGUGGAUGGCGGUUUUUCUUCGACUCCACUUCGACGUCGUCACGGAAAGUGAAUCCCUCCUGAAGGCGUUGGGGCAGUGGAAGAGCUUCCAAGAGAGAGAGGGUAACCGGCUAGACCAUCUGGCGGGAUAUUGCAGUGGCGUUGUCGGGUUCCUCAGGAGCCCUCGGACAUAG